UUGGCAGUGGCUGCCCGGGAGCAUUUGCGGGGGCGCCGAGAGCUCCGAGUAGUGAUGCGCAGUCUCGCCGAGCUGGUUGUAGCCUUCGUACUCAACCGGGAAGGGUGGCUGCGGAUGGCCCUGCUGCGUUGUGGCCCCGAUGAGCGCUUCGACUGCGUCCUCGGGGGUCAGCCCAAAAGCUUGGGGAUACAUUUGCGGAUAACAACCACGGAGUGAACAAGUAGCGUCAGGAGAAAAGGCAUGGCUCGACAACACAAGGCUGAAGUCAUGAUUGCUGGAGAACAACUCAGGUUGAGGCUUCACGAUGGAAAACUCAUCAAGGACAGACGCUACCACCUUCGAACAUAUCCAAAUUGCUUUGUAGCGGAGGAGCUCAUAGUCUGGCUUGUGAACCAUAAGGAGGCUCCGGAUCGGACAACAGCCGUGUGUCUGAUGCAGCACCUCAUGCAUCAGGACAUUGUGCAUCAUGUUUGUGAUAAGUGGUCUGAGUUCAAGGAUGCCAAACUGCUGUAUCGUUUCCGCAAAGAUGAUGGCACAUUUCCCUUUAAUACACAAGUGAAAAUCUUCAUGAGAGGACAACGACUGUAUGAGCAUCUCAUAGGGGACAAGCACUCAAUUCUCCAGCUAAGAGAGGAGCACGGUGUUGCGUAUCAGCGCUCUUUUCCUGGCUGCCAGAUGAUAGAUUGGCUCCUUCAAAAUGGAGAGGCAGUGAGCCGGUGCCGGGGUCUAGAGCUGUGCCGUGCUUUACAAGAGCAUCGCGUCAUUCAGCAUGUGGCCCAAAAACAUGAUUUCUUUGACAGUGGACUUCUCUAUCAGUUCUGCAUAAAUUUCCGCCGCAGACGACGCUUGUCUGAGCUGUUGGGUGAAAGUGAGCAAGACAAACAUGAAGGCACAAUGUUGUCAACACAAGGAGACAGCCACCCUGAUAGUCCAUUUGUUCUGCACAAAGAUCCACCCCAAGAGGCGACCAGUGGUUUCCAGUCAGUGGGAGCCAGUGAAGACCUGAAAAGGGUGACAAGUGGCCGUCGAGGCAGCUUGAAUUCCCUUCUGCUUCACUCUGCAGGAUUUCCCCCUAUUGUUCAGCUGUCUUCAACCCCAGUCAUAAGAUGCAACCCUAAAUCAGUUCUUAAAAGACAUUUUACUUGUGAAGAGUUACUGGUACCAGGAGCACCCUUUACCAAGAGUGUGUUGACAGUGACAGGUGAUGCCCUCGGUUGGGGCUUUGUCCUUAGAGGCGUGGCUCCUUGUUAUGUGCAAGCUGUUGACCCCGGAAGCCCUGCAGCAGCUGCCGGAGUAAAGGUGCAGCAACUAUUGUGUCAGGUGAAUGGACAAUGUGUACUCUAUCUGGACUACAGGACAAUAACCACACUGGUGAUGACAGGACCUCGAAUUGUUGUAUUGGAAAUGAUGGAAUCAUUGGAAUAAAAAAGCUUCAGUAUUCAGUUUGAUCAAGUGCAAAAUGAUGCAUUUUAUAGAGAUAAUAAGACUUAUUUGUGAUGGGUGUUGACAUUAUUUUGUAGUUGUGUAAAACUGCACUGCAUCACACAAGGAGGGUUUUCUCAUUUUUAGCUCUUCUCGGAAGGGAUUUUUCUGAAAAUUUCCCCGGAACUAUGUUCUCAAGCCAUUUGUAGCGUUGUUAUUUUCAUUACAUUUUCACAACAGUCAUUUUAAACAGUACAUUUUAAACAAAAUAAAAUGAUAGACAAUACAAAAAAAGCUAAUUACAGAUUUCCAUAAAACUUUAUAGGAGGAUCAUGUACAUAUGUCAAGAAUGAAACUAUUAAACUUAAGUGAAGGUCUGGAUAAAGGUGCAGAUACAUGAAUGUAUUCGUUUUUCAGGCAUUAUGACAUCAGUGGGGAAACACAGGGCUGCAGUGGUUAGCAUGUCUACCUCAUGUCGAGAGGU